AUGACUCAGAUACAUUCACUGCUUGUACUAUUCUUAUUACGGAUGUACUUGGUAACUUCACUAGCCCACCUGAAAGAUGAAACACGUGUCGUUAAAGGUAAAGAUGCCCAACUUGGACAGUUUCCCUAUCAGUGUCUACUGCUCAUACGUUUGAACAGCGGGAAAGCUGCUGUUUGUGGAGGUAGUCUACUAAACGAUGAGUGGAUCUUGACCGCUGGUCACUGCGUACAGGAUGCCGAAUCUGUCAGUGUCACACUGGGAACGAUUGACCUAAAAAAUCAGGCCAACGCUGAUCGCGUGACGCUGAAUUCAUCUGUGUUCAUUCGUCAUGAAAAUUAUGAAGCCGGAUCUGCUACGAAUGAUGUCGCAUUGGUUAAACUUCCCACGAAGAUCACGUUUACCGAAACCAUUCAACCGGUAAAGUUGCCAAACGGAAAAGACAGCUAUAUCCGGCAAAAGGUUAUUGUUAGUGGAUUUGGUCUGCGGAAGGAUAAAGGUGAUGUGUCACAGAAGCUACAGUACGCUCCGCUAGUCGUCAUUCAGAAUGCCGAAUGUAUGCUGGUGUAUGGACUAUUUGCAAUCAAAUCGAACAAUAUCUGUGCCCGGGGUGAAAAUGGGGAGUCUGCGUGCCACGGUGAUUCCGGUGGUCCACUUGUACUUGCCCACGAUCAUACCUUGGUCGGUGUCGUAAGCUUUGGACAUGUGGUAGGCUGCGAGAGGAGUUUACCGGUGGUGUACGCUCGUGUGACAGAAUUCAGGGACUGGAUUAGGAACCAGAGCGGAGUUUGA